GUGCUGAACAUCAGAUACAUGUAGAAUGUGAUACAGAGUGUCGUGCAGCUCAAACCGCCCGCUGCUCCUGUUCAUUUCCUCUGCUUAUGUUGUGGUUCACACGCAAUGAGAACUCUCGCUGGUGACAAUACAGACAGGCUUAAGGUUAACACAACACAUGGUUGAAUUUUUAGGUAACUCCGGACAGAAUAAACACAGAACAAAGACAGACAGACUGCUUCAACGUAACGGUUCCAGCUGGCUUCUGAUCAUCAUCAGUCACUUAUCAAACUGGUGUUCAUCAGAAAACAAAGGAUGUUCUUACGUCAAACUUCUACAACGCUGAGAUGAUGUUCUUUCAUUAAAAUCGCCCUUGUUGAGCAGAAGACACAAUGUUGACUAAUUCCACUAGUGAAGCCGGGACUGCCACAGAUCGGCUCCUGGACCGGCCUGUCUGCAUCCUCAUAGGGGCCCUCUCCUUCACCAUCCUGGUGUUCACACUGCUGGGGGUCGUGUGUCUCAGAAAAUAUCGUUCUUUGGUCCGGACCAUUCAAGAGCUGCAGCGUAGCAAGUUGUUGCUGGAUGCUGUUCCUCGGCUAGAAGCUCCCCUCAUGCCUAUGAAACCAGGUCCAGCAGCGGGGGACAAGGAGGAGGAGGAAGAGGAGCUUCCUCCCCAAAUUCCCCUGCAGCAGAGCAGCACAGUCAGGCCCUCCUCCAGGAGGCUGUGGAAAGGCCUGCAGCAGGGUCCCCAUGUUACCAAGUCAGACCUGAACCUGCUGCAGAUGAUUAAAGCAGGGAAGGAGGGUGUCUUCUACCAGGCCAGGAUGACCAGAGGGACGUGUAAAGGCCACAACAUGUUCACCUGCAAGAUCACCAAGGAAGGUGUCCGUCCUAAGCAUGUGGACACAGAGGUUUCCAUCAUGAGGAAACUGGUGCACCACAAGAACAUCCUCCAGUUACUGGACUGGAACACCACUGAGGAGCCUUACAUUCUGAUCAUGGAGUAUGUGAGCUACGGCACUCUGAGGACCUUCCUGCAGACCAACAGAGUCAACCUGAGUGCAGACCCUGAGCUACAGAGCCUCCUCACCAUUGCCUCCUACCACAUCGCUCUGGCCAUGCAGCACCUGCGCUCCAAAAUGAUAGUGCACUGUGACUUGGCUCUGAGGAAUAUCAUGGUCAAUAAGUUUCCCUGGGAGGUGAAAGUGGCGGAGUUUGGCCUCGCCCGAGACUUUACACGCAUGACGAGCCGCCGCAGCAGCCGCUGGAGAAACCCACAGCAGCGUGUGCCGCUGCGCUGGUACCCACCUGAGUACUUCAAGAACAACUAUUACAGCUUCAAGGGAGAUGUUUGGGCAUUUGGCAUCGUGCUGUGGGAGAUGCAGACAUUUGGUACACUGCCAUACCCAAACCUUGAGACAUCCGAGGCAGUGGUGUACCACAUCUGUAUUGGUCAUAAGAACACAAACCCUGACGGUUGCAGACCAGAGAUACUUCAUAUUAUGCGAGACUGUUGGCUGGAGCCGUACCCUCUGAGACCCUCGUUCACAGACAUUGUCCGCAUGCUGGAGGACAUCAUGGAAAACGAUGCGGAUUAUGUGGAUGUUGAGAGUCCACAGCUUUUGGUGAAAGAUGAGGCUGAAUAAAUAUCUAUGAGCAGCCAGUGUCACCUUUGAAGAUACAAAUCCCAACUAAAUGCCAAGGCACCAAAUAACAGUUAAAUGUAUUUUUAGGCUACAUUUAUCUGCUUGUGUCAACCUUUCAAGUGCUCUCUGAAAUAUAGCAACUGUAAGAUGAUCACACAUAAACGACUCAACAGACAGCAGGGUAAAAAGUAUGUACUUAUAUGUUCUUGUAUAUCACUGUAAAAUAUUUGUCAUGUUCUGUGUUUUAACUGUGUUUAUCUUUAUUUUUUAUGUCUAUCAUAUUGAUAACUCAAUUAAAAAAAAAAAUCUGUGUGAUGUGCCUAAUCUGCUCACUGCGUACAGCAGCACAGAAGCUACAUGUUUACUUUCUAAAAUACAUUUUUCUGUGUUUUCUUAUUUCUUGUUAAUAUGUUUUUCAUUACUUACUUUUAUAUUUUAAUUCUAGCUUUUUGGUGUAUUAUAGAUAUUCAAUGAUAGCGUGUUUCAAUAUUUAUUAUUUAUCCUCCAAACAUUUGUAAACCAAAAACAUAUAGAACAUAUUGGCACGUUGCUUUGGAAAUGCAGCUAUCAGCAGAACAGACAUUGCAGUUCAAGAUUAUUUAAAAAUAUAUGCAUACCAACAAUUAGAUAAUCCGAUAAUACUGAGAAAAAAAUAAUAAUGAACUAAAUAUACAUUAA